CCGGCCGGCCAGCUGACAGUCGCAAACGCAACGCGCGCACGAUAACACGCACAACGCGAACGCGCACGCGCAAAUCCCCGCGAAUGCAGCUAUGUACGUACGAAAACUCACCGUCGGGAAAUUCGACUUCGUAAGAUCUGUUCUGGAUGUUUAUGAAGAUAUUUGGUUGAAUUUUUAGAAGAUUUUCUGUUGUUGUUGUUGUUGAGUGAUUGUGUCUGUGUUAUAAGGAUAAAAUACAACAGUGGGGUGUGAAUGGCGACCAAAAUGAAACGGCUGACUCUACAUCUACGGACGUUUCUGCUGGUAAUAUGGACGCUAGCACGCGGCGGCGAUGGAUAUAGCUGCCCAUACGGGCAAAGCUGCGGUUUCGAGCCCGCCCCUCCCGGACGCACACCCCCCUGCGCUCAACCGGGACUCACAUACUGCGUUUAUACCGAUCCUUAUCCUGAGGAAAUAAUCCGCAAGCUGAUAGAAAACGGACGAUACGACAUCAGCACGCUCCUAUCGGACGAGAGCCGAGAUGACUUUGACUCCAGGAAAGGCGACUAUCCCUACGGCUAUGGUCCCAAUUCCUUACCACACGUCGACCAGAUCUCACUCGUCAACGACGUCUUUCCGAAGAACUAUAACACUAAGUUUAACACGAGGUACAACCAUGAUAUCUACUCGCAAAAGACGCCGUUACAGCCACCAUCCUCAGUAGACCCUUCGCCUUACAACAUCAACGCUUACCAAUCUUCCCAAAAUUUCUCCAAGUUCGGGUUCCAUGGUUACCAGACCUCCCCUGGCUACUGGAGUCCAAAUCAGUUUGACAACUACGACAAGAAAGUGUUCAGACAGGACAUUUCGCCAAAUUUGGGAGUGUACAACCAGAAUUUCUUCGACACUCCAAACUUAUAUCCGAAUUACGACACGACGGGUUGGUUCCGACAAGCGUCCAAUGGGGUUACGCAGUAUAACCCUAAUGAAUGGUGGAAGUACAUAUCACCAGCCCGGUCCGACGUCACUGUGCAGCGGUCGGUCGCAUACCCCACUCGCUCGACAUCGCAACGACACUCGCGACGCCGACGCAACGCAGAGCUCGUGAAGGCGGCCUCUAAACGGCCUUUGAGCGGCGCUGAAGCCUUAAGGAUAGCACUCGGGCUAGCUAGCGCAGAGACGUCAGCGGAGCGACCGCGGCGUCAGACAGGAGUGACGCAAGAACUCUGCCGCGCCACCACCGAGUUCGUGCCGCCGCGCGCCGGACUCAACAACAAGGGCUCGUGGCGGUACAUCGUCAACAUGCCCGACAACAUGACGCAACUCGUGCGCGCCACCAAAUGCCAGGCCAAUAACGACGGAUGCAACGGGAUAUGCUCGUUGCCUCUCGGAUAUACAUCUCGUUGUGAACAAAAGUAUAUACAGAAACGUUUGGUGGCAUUAGGCCCAAGUGGUGAUAGCCUGUAUACGGACUUGUUUUGGAUACCAAGCUGCUGCCAAUGUACUAUUAUCAGCAAUAAUUAAUAGAUACAACGAACUUCACGAAUUACUGAAAAAAGAAAUGAAAACAAUUUACCGCAACUUGAAAAACUUGUAUAUUAGUUCUAUUAAUGCAAACUAGAUGGCGUUGCAAACAUGAAUUUUACUUUGUUUGAAGUUUUAAAUACUUACAGAACAUUGAUGUUAUUACAAACGCGUAAUAAAAUUUCAUUUUCUCAAUCACGAAUAAUGUUAAAUACUUUAAUUGAAAUGAAACAUCAUUAUUAUUAAGGUAAAAGUAGUACUAGCUACUCGACGAUAGAUGACGCUACAGUGUCCAUCAAGAACAAUACUAUUUUUUGUAGUUAUGAAUAAGAUUUUACCAUGGUAUAAACAGUCACUGCCUGUAUUUUAAGAAAAUAUUAUUUGAAAGUCAUGACAUGAUUUUAUUAUGUAUUGUGUAAAAUAUAUAAUUAUUAAGUAGUUAAUAGUAGGAGAACCUUAUAAGGUUUUAUUGUCCUAAUGGCAGAGUAUUAUAAUUUUAAAAAAUAACAAUUAAUUUUGAAUUUAGUUCUCACAAUAAAAAUAACCAAGUAUUAAUAAUGUAGAGAUAAAUUUGUAAAUAUUAGAAAUAGACAAUUAAAUGAAUAAAUAUUUAGGUAUUUAAUUUCGGCUCCAUUUUUAUUUCCGCAACUAUUUAAAUUAAACAAAAUUAUCGUAAUCGGAAAAGUGACAUUUAAAAUAAAAUUAUUUAUUUAUUUUGGACUUAUACCAUCCAUAUAAAGUGAUUACAGUGAUAUUUAAUCAGUAAAGUGACAUAAAAAACAGAUUAGGUAUUUCAUUAUUUCGAACUAUAAAUCACGCGUAUAAAGAAUAACCAGUAUCAGGUAUUUUUCACUGUUACACCUACCUACGUAUAUAGUGUAACAACGAGAAUUUUUUUUGUCUGUUACGAAAUGAUAAAUCAAACAUAGGCGGUGAAGGAAACCAUCGUGAGGAAACCCACUUUCCCGAGAAAUGCAUUUACGGAGGUAUGUGAUCCUAACCUAUAUGGGCUAGUUUUCCCAGUCGUUUCUGUAAAAACCCGGUCGUGUCAAAUCUCCAGGUUAGGUAAGCGGACCCUGUGAAAAACGGGACAAUGCUAGAUAGAUGAUGAUGAUGACGAAAUUAUGAAAUCAUUCACUUAUCGACUCAAUUUCUCAAUAUAGUGACGAAUUUGAUAAUAAGUUUUAUUAACAAAAAUAUAUUUUUGACUUAGUUUCAAACUUUACAAAACUUCAACUUUAUUCAUAUAUUUAUUUAUGACUGAAGUAGUUUAUAUAUGUAUUUUAAUGAAUAAAUCAGUGAAUGGCUUAUUGAACUAGCUAACAGACAUUUAUUAACACUAGAGUGCGCGGCACGAAAGUACUUCCGCAUCCGCGGCGCUAAUGUUGAGGUGUCUGCUUUUAAUUAUUAACACUUAUCACAUAGCUCUAUUAAAAUUUACCUACUCUAUGGUGCCUACCCUAUGAUUAUUUCUUACACUUUAGUAACAAGUAAGUAAAUCAAUGCUUGAUGUAUAAUAUCGCAUCACAUACCGCGUCCUUUUAAAAUAACUAUAUUUAUUUUUCAAUAAAUUAUUUUCUUGUUUCAUGACUUUUCUCUUUGUAUAGUGAUUCUUGAAUAAAACUUGCGCUUGCGCCUAA